AUGGAUCUCCCGGGAUAUAAUAAGACCUCGUCCUUCUCUCACAUGGAAUUUAUCCUCUUUGGGUUUCCGGGAGUCACAAAGCACCGACCUCUCCUCGCCCUUCCCUUCUCCCUCAUAUACGCGGUGAUACUGAGUGGUAAUUCUGUGGUUAUGUUGGUCAUUGUGUUGGAGAAAAGUCUACACACUCCGAUGUACACGCUCAUCUUUUCUCUCUUGGCCACCAACGUUGUGUACACCACGGCCAUCACGCCCAAGAUGCUUCUAGGACUGUUUGGCCUUAACCAGAUCACCUUGGCGGGCUGUUUGGUGCAGAUAUUCACAGUAUAUUCCAGCAUCAUGGCCGAGUCCACAAUUGUGCUGCUCAUGGCAAUAGACAGGUACCUAGCCGUCCACCAGCCACUACAUUACCAGGAGAUUGUAGUCAAGAAUUUAAUUGCUCAUUCGGCAGUCAAUGGCGUGCUUCGUUAUAGCUUUGUUGUCCUUCCUCUGGUCAUUACAGGUGCCCGACUCCGUUAUUGCAGGUCCAAUAUCAUCCCUCACUUCCAUUGUGAAAGCAUGAUGCUCUUCAGCCUGGGGUGUGACGAGUCCAGAGCCCAGAUUUCAGGAUUGGUGGUGAGGACCCUCAUGAUGUUUUGUGACAUCCCCAUCAUCCUAAUUUCCUAUCUGAAAGUUCUUCACACUGUCCUUAGGAUUGCGGCAGGAAUGGCUCGGUAUAAAGCCCUUCAUACCUGUGGUACCCACCUGGUGGUGGUCAUCCUCAUCUAUUCCUCUGGAUUCUUAAUCUCUGUUCUGUACCUGCCGGGGAACUCCACUUCCUACGACCUUCAGAAUAUCUGCAGUACCAUCUACUUUCUGUUCUCGGCAAUGGUGAAUCCAUUUAUCUACGGUCUACGUAUGGAGGGGAUCAAGUGCAAUUUACGGAAACGCUGGGGGAAGAAGAAAGAUCUACCAGUUAAAAAAAUAAGACGCCGAGACUGA